GUGCAAUAACGCUAGGAAUCGUCAUUGAACGAAGACAUAUUUUCGAUUUCCAAUCCUGUAGAGCUUGGCUGUCUUGCCUUGUCUUUGAGUUAGAAGCUGAAUUACUUGAACACAAAUGCUUUGAAGAUUCGAAGAUAUCAACACUCAGGGUUCAAGGACAUGCUGGGAUUCUUAGAAUGAUUCACGGACUGCACGUGCUUCUAGAAGUCUCCCCUCUCUGGGUGUGUGGCACACCUUGGCGCACACGAGUACAGGUAGGGAGCAGAAGCUCACACCAUGUCUUUUCAUGUCUUCGUGGCUUUCCACCCUCGGAAUUAUUUGCUUUUGCUCAUUGCACUCCAAUGUUCGGAUGCAUCUUCUGGCUUGAAGCCCCCAAGUGUCACCGCCCAGCCUGGGAACAGCAACCCUCAUGCGCGCUUGGCUGCUGCCAGCUCAGAGCCAGAGGAGAGGAUCUCUGUCUUUUCCCUGGAUUAUGACUAUGUGCAAAUUCCUUAUGAGGUCACCCUCUGGAUACUUCUAGCAUCCCUUGCAAAAAUAGGGUUUCAUCUUUACCACAGACUGCCCCAUCUCAUGCCAGAAAGCUGCCUCCUCAUCAUUGUUGGAGUUUUGGUGGGCAGCAUCAUCUUUGGCACGGACCACAAAUCACCUCCUGUCAUGGAUUCAAGCAUCUAUUUCCUGUAUCUCCUUCCACCCAUUGUUCUGGAGGGUGGUUACUUUAUGCCCACCAGGCCCUUCUUUGAGAACUUUGGCUCCAUCCUGUGGUGGGCUGGACUGGGCGCCCUGAUCAAUGCCUUUGGAAUUGGCCUCUCCCUCUACCUCAUCUGCCAGAUCAAGGUUUUUGGCCUCAGUGAUGUUAACUUGCUGCAAAACCUGCUUUUUGGUAGCCUGAUCUCUGCUGUGGACCCCGUGGCUGUACUGGCUGUAUUCGAGGAAGCACGUGUUAAUGAGCCACUCUACAUGAUGAUCUUCGGGGAGGCCCUUCUCAAUGAUGGGAUUAGUGUGGUCUUAUACAAUAUACUAAUUGCUUUCACUAAGAUGCAUACAUUUGAAGAUAUAGAGACUGUUGACAUUUUGGCUGGAUGUGCCCGUUUCAUUAUUGUGGGACUCGGGGGAGUAUUUUUUGGCAUCAUUUUUGGAUUCAUUUCUGCUUUUAUCACACGUUUCACUCAGAAUAUAUCUGCAAUUGAACCACUCAUCGUCUUCAUGUUCAGUUACUUGUCCUACUUAGCGGCGGAAACGCUCUAUCUUUCUGGCAUCCUGGCGUACUUGGAUGUUAAAAAGACCAAUAAAAAAGAAUCUAUCAAUGAAGAGCUUCAUAUCCGUUUGAUGGAUCAUUUGAAAGCUGGAAUUGAAGAUGUGUGUGGGCAAUGGAGCCACUACCAAGUGAGAGACAAGUUUAAGAAAUUCGAUCAUAGAUAUUUACGAAAAAUCCUAAUCCGAAGGAAUCAGCCCAAAUCAAGCAUCGUGUCCUUGUACAAGAAGCUGGAAAUGAAACAAGCCAUUGAGAUGGUAGAGACUGGGAUACUCAGUUCCACGGCAUUCUCGAUACCCAACCAGGUCCAGAGGAUACAAGGAACCAAAAGGCUUUCCCCCGAAGAUGUGGAGUCCAUGAAGGACAUUCUGACCCACAACAUGUACCAAGUUCGACAAAGGACCCUGUCCUACAACAAAUAUAACCUCAAACCCCAAUCGAGCGAGAAGCAGGCCAAGGAGAUUCUGAUCCGUCGCCAGAACACCUGGAGGGAGAGCGUGCGGAAAGGCCACAGUCUCCCAUGGGGAAAGCCGGCCGGAACCAAAAACAUCCGCUACCUCUCCUUUCCAUACAGUGAUCUUCAACUUGCGAGGGGAGAGGCAAGGGCUGCGGAGUUCCCAGGUGACGACAGCAGUGAUUCAGGGUCCCCUUCCAUCAUCUUCAAUGCACACUCUCCAACAAGGCCGUUUCAGGACAGGUGGCCACCCCAAGAAGCUAUCCCACUGAGGAGCUUACACAAAGGAGGGCCGCCAUUCAGCGUUGGUGAUCAAACAAACACAAGCCAAGAAGAGCACCCUGGCAGGAUCCGGAGGGCAGCGUUGCGGCCCACACAACUCUUUCAUGCAGUGAACGAGGAGUACGAAUCUGGAGAGGAGAGUGAGGAAGAGAGGUCCAGCUGGACAGCCGAGCACAGAAAUGGCAGGGAACACCACAAAUCCCACCGUCCUUUACUCCAAAGAAAAUAGUUCUAUUGUCUCCAGAAUUGUUCCCGUAUUUUUCAGGAGGUCCUCUUUCUUUCUUUUUUCUGUUUUGUGUAAGAAGCAUGUUCUAACUGGGUUAACUUCCUCAAGCCAGUAGACAUUUGUAUGUGAAGUGACAGAGCGAUUUCUCAGAAGACUGGGAGGGAAGUUAAAGACUGCUGCAUAGUUUGCUUCCUGUUUCCCAGCGAUUGAUGGAAGUUAAUUAUCCCAGGGACCAUUCACAAAGAAUUCUUUAGAGCUUUACAUCAGGAAUGUUUGACCCAUGUCAUAUAUGGAGAUGCAGGCAUGAUUUACCAGUAAUUCAUAACAAAAUUAGAACUAAGAGGGCCUUUAGUCAUCAGAAGGCUGAGCCCAACCCCUGUGUUUACAGAAAAGGACACCUUGCCCAAGGUCACAUGGUUAGUUGGUGACCCCCCCCCCCCCAAAUGGAUUGUCCUCUAUCCCAAUUGAAGUGUUCAAUUUUGAUUGUGAUAUUCAAUAUGCCAUACUUGUGUUUCUGGAGAGGGUUCAAAUAACAUUUCGAUGUUUAAUCAGUGUCAACUAUAGAUAGAUUUAAUACUGAAGAAGAUAUGAUUCAUCUGUCAACAGUGAGUUUGUAGUCUAUUUUAUGAUUUGAAUAUUUAUUUUUAAAACACUAAAGAUAAACAGCAAUAAAUAGGUUUUAAUAACAA